CGGGCUCAGGCCAUGGUGGAGAAUCAGAUAAUUCCUCGGAUCUAGCGCACCUCCGAAGCUCCCGGCGAGGUUAUACAUCGUAAUUCACUCGAAUCGACAGGGGCAUUACGGUAAUCUGACCAUCCUCCUCCUCCUCCUACAAAACCGCAGCCCAUCAUCCGUAUCUUCUCGAUCUCGUCCUCCCAUGAACAUUCGAAGCUCGCAGAAAAAGGACGAGAAGAAUAUCAAAAUUACGAAAAUGCUCUCGAAACCCCUAGCAACCCUACUCUUCCUCGCCAUCGUCCUCUUCUUCCUCUAUAUCUUUAUCGAGAUCGUCGAUCUCCGGUCCCACUUCCCAUCCCUCACCCUAACCCUACCCAUCUCCUCUCUCUGCACCAGUCCUCCUCCCCUCAAGAUCUACAUGUACGAUCUCCCCCGUCGAUUCAACCUCGGCAUGCUCGAUCGACGCUCUAAUCGUGAUCGGACCCCACCGUCGGCCUCUAACCUACCUCCCUGGCCCCGCAAUUGGGGCCUCAAGAAGCAGCACAGCAUCGAGUAUUGGAUGAUGGCGUCACUAUUGUAUGAAGGAAAGGGGAAUGAGGAGAGGGAUGCGGUUAGGGUUAAUGAUCCUGCGGUGGCGGAUGCCUUCUUCGUUCCAUUCUUUUCUUCAUUGAGCUUCAAUACACAUGGGCAUUAUAUGACCGAUCCUGAGACGGAGGUCGAUCGGCAAUUGCAGGUCGACCUACUGGAGUUUCUGAGGAAUUCCAAGUAUUAUCAGCUGUCUGAAGGCCGUGACCAUGUAAUUCCCAUGCAUCACCCGAAUGCUUUCAGAUUUCUUCGGGAUCUGGUGAACACAUCUAUGCUUGUUGUUGCGGAUUUUGGGCGCUGCCCCAAAAAUGUGUCCUCUCUGAGGAAAGAUGUGGUAACACCAUAUGUGCACGUUGUGGAUUCAUUUCUAGACGAUGAUACUCAUGACCCAUUUGAGUCCCGCACGACCCUCCUCUUCUUUCGAGGAAGAACAGUCAGGAAAGACGAAGGAAUCGUCCGUUCAAAACUGGCCAAGAUUUUAGUAGGCCAGGAAGAUGUCCACUUUGAAGACAGUGUAGCCACUGGAAAGGGCAUACAAGCUUCCACGCAAGGGAUGCGUUCAUCGAAGUUCUGUCUGCACCCUGCAGGGGACACCCCUUCGUCUUGCCGGCUCUUUGAUGCCAUCGUCAGCCACUGUGUGCCCGUCAUCGUGAGCGACCGGAUUGAGCUCCCUUUCGAGGAUGAGAUUGACUACCAUGAGUUCUCACUCUUCUUCUCUGUCCAAGAAGCUCUGGAACCUGAUUACAUGCUUGGGCAGCUGAGGCGGGUCCCAAAGGAGAGGUGGAUCGACAUGUGGAAGCGGUUGAAGAACAUCUCUCAUCACUAUGAGUUUCAGUACCCACCCAAGAAGGACGAUGCCGUGAACAUGCUGUGGAGACAGGUCCGGCACAAGCUCCCUGGGGCCAAGCUUGCAGUGCACCGAAACAGGAGGAUGACAAUCCCGGAAUGGUGGGACCGGAGAUAAUCGUGACUGUACAUUCAUUCAUUUGACUCUGCAGGACCCUUUUUGCUUGGGGGAACAAUCCACAUUUCAAACUCAUCAACCUUGGCCAUCGAUAGAGUUGAUGUUUCAUCCACUGUAUCAAAAAAUCAACCCAGAUAUGCAACACACACGUUUCUUUCCUUCAUUAGGAAUCAUGUAAUUUCUUUUUACCUCCAUUUAUUUGUACUGUACCAAUUGACUGUAAUUCAAAUAAUACAGAAGCAAUUUCUAACAA